CGGUUGGAGGGAGGCCCGAUUCCCCUUUGUUCGGGUUCGCCAUUUUGCGAGGCAGCGGCAGUGGCGGCGGCAGCGGCGGCUGGAGCCUCUGAUUGGGUUUCGGGGUCCGGUACUGGAGCCAAUCAGCGCGGGCAGCGAACCGGGGGAGCGAAGCACGGGGUGCGUCUCGCAAUCUUCUUGGAUCUCCGGGGUGAAACUCACUGUGGACAGGAUUCUACCUUGGAGGGACCAUGGAGCAGUAUACAGCAAACAGCAAUAGUUCGACAGAGCAGAUUGUUGUACAGGCUGGACAGAUUCAGCAGCAGCAGCAGGGUGGUGUCACUGCUGUCCAGUUGCAGACUGAGGCCCAGGUGGCAUCCGCCUCAGGCCAGCAAGUCCAGACCCUCCAGGUAGUCCAGGGGCAGCCAUUAAUGGUACAGGUCAGUGGAGGCCAGUUAAUCACAUCAACUGGCCAGCCCAUCAUGGUUCAGGCUGUCCCUGGUGGACAAGGUCAAACAAUCAUGCAAGUACCUGUAUCUGGGACACAGGGUUUGCAGCAGAUACAGUUGGUCCCACCUGGACAGAUCCAGAUCCAGGGUGGGCAGGCUGUGCAGGUGCAGGGCCAGCAGGGCCAGACCCAGCAGAUCAUCAUCCAGCAGCCCCAGACAGCCGUCACCGCUGGCCAGACCCAGACGCAGCAGCAGAUUGCUGUUCAGGGACAGCAAGUGGCACAGACUGCUGAAGGGCAGACCAUUGUCUAUCAGCCAGUUAAUGCAGACGGGACCAUUCUCCAGCAAGUUACAGUCCCUGUUUCAGGCAUGAUCACCAUCCCAGCAGCCAGUUUGGCAGGAGCACAGAUUGUUCAGACAGGAGCCAACACCAACACAACCAGCAGUGGGCAAGGGACUGUCACUGUGACACUGCCAGUGGCAGGCAAUGUGGUCAAUUCAGGAGGGAUGGUCAUGAUGGUGCCUGGUGCUGGCUCUGUGCCAGCUAUCCAAAGAAUCCCUCUACCUGGGGCAGAGAUGCUUGAAGAAGAGCCUCUCUAUGUGAAUGCCAAACAGUAUCACCGUAUACUUAAGAGGAGACAAGCCCGGGCUAAACUAGAGGCAGAAGGGAAAAUUCCAAAGGAAAGAAGGAAAUACCUGCAUGAGUCUCGGCACCGUCAUGCCAUGGCACGGAAGCGUGGUGAAGGUGGGCGAUUUUUCUCUCCAAAGGAAAAGGACAGUCCCCAUAUGCAGGAUCCAAACCAAGCAGAUGAAGAAGCAAUGACACAGAUCAUCCGAGUGUCCUAACCCCAGGCCAUGUGAUGGAGCUGAUCAAGAUCAUGUUCCUCACCACUGUUUCCCACUGUUCCAGGAAAUUGAUCAACUCUUCCCAUGGGACACUGACGAUCACAUUCUGCCCUUUUCUACAGGACAGAAACCACUUAAGUUUUUAAUAAGUGGCUCAGUAUUAUAAUUGCAGCAGUGUCUGGCAAAUUGAAGUUGCAGGCCUUUGUCUCAUCCUUUCAGUCAGGACCUAUUUCAGACUGUUGAUGACAGUGACAUUUCAUGGAUUAGGAUGAUGGAAGGGAACCAUGCCAGCCCAGCAGUACCACACAUAGCACUUAUGUUGACUGGUGAAGCCAGCCAGCCAUCUCAGCAGGAGAGAACAACCUGCUCAACCUAAACUGCAAUCAGGGAAGCCACAGCCCACUUCUUCCCAUGGAAUCUAAACAGCAUCCAGCCCUCUGAUGGGAGAUCUCAGCCUGACUAACUGAAUGGAUGCUUUGUAUUCAGUGACAGCUUCCAGGCAAGGAAGUUCCAUCUCAUAAUAUGGAAACAAUAAAUUCUCUGAGAUACAUUCAUCUAAUCUGUGGUAAUGAUAAGAAUCUCUGUGUACCCAGAUGAUAGGUUAGUAUUUUUGGACUUCAGCCAAGAAAAAGCUAAUCCUGGGUUAUGAUUUAAGAAUGAUAAAAGACUCAAGCACUAAAAAUUUAAAUUGCUGAACGUUUUUUUUUUUUUUUUAGCUUGACACAUUGUGGUCUGCUUGUCCAUCUGUUGACAGGUCAUCUGGACCAUAGUUCUUGCUGUGGCUACUUUUAAGACAACUUAGAGGGUAUUGGACCUUGAAACUGCCUUUCCUAAGUAGAGAACAAAACUAUACAACAAAUUCUAUGCUGAAGUGCUGAGGAUAUUUGUAGUAACUCCUAAACAGAAAGCCAAACUAGAGAUCUUCAGUCAUAGGCUUUAUGACAGCAUUUGGGGAAAGGAGGCUUCAUAUGUGUUUCAAUCUAGGAGAAGAAGAGAGAGAGUAGUACAUAUACCCAUGUGUUGUCGUGUAGCAUGAUUCUCCAGUGGAUGGAUGCCUGGGAUGGAUCAUUAAGAAGAAGAAAAUAAUUUACAUUUAUACUAUAACUUAACAAGCAUGGAAAGGGGGAAGUCUGAGAUUUGGUCCUUGACAAUUUCUGGAAAGCACUGUUCAAUCAAGCUAUUCUGGACAUAUUCCAAGUUACCUUCUAGAAGCUGAGGAGGAUGUUGGCUUCACUCCUGCAGCGCUUUGUGCUGGCCCCAGGGAGUGAACAUUCUCAUUCUUCUCGUGGCAGCUGAUUCUUUGGUGCCAGUUUCCAUUUGUUUCCCCUUUUCUCCAUAGUCCUUGUGCAGAAAGGUUUUCACGUUGCAUCCACAUUCUGGGGAUAAACUACGGACUGGAAAUAGAGAUACCUGCAGGGUCAGGAACUGGGCCACAGUUCCCAGAAUGGGUUGUGCCUCAGAAGUCUGUUUCUUUUCUAGAUGGUGAACCCGGAAAGAACUAAGAUGAUAUAUCAGAGGAGUUGCUGCCUUCUCUGUAAACAAAGACAGAAAACCUAAUUCUUCUGAAGAACAUUUAGGUUUGAUUUAAGUACCAAGAGUAAAGAUUGGCUCUUUCUUUGAUUUCAUUCUAAUUGUAUUAAGAGGGAAAAGGAAUUAAACCUUCUAAAAGAAAACAUCACAAAGGGAAAUCAUUGUAAUGUUAGAGACAGAGGUACAGAGCUAUGCAAAGAAAUCAGGAAGUGAAGUAUCUCCCUAGUCUCUGGAAUGUAGGCAUCUGUCCUGGCUUCCAGAUGUCAGGAGGGGCUGAUUCUUCGGUAGGCUCACUAGAAACCUCUGGCUCUUGGCAUGAGUUUCAGAUAUUAACCUUGUUCAGUAAGCCCCAACUUUUUCAGAUGAUAGGUUACUAAAAACAAUGAGGAAUUUAUAUGCCUUGUUUUGUUUAGAAGUCUUUUAAGAUGCAGAGUUCAGAAAGAAAUUCCUCAGACCUAAUUUCUAGUACUUAAGCCAACAACAGCUCUAAAAUGCUAUUUAUUUGUGUCUGUAAGUUUGUACAUAGUAAUACCAACCUCAUAUUGUUGCAGAUUUUUUUUUAUCAGUUUGAGUUUUGUUUUGUUUGAAAUGGUAUGCUUCAGUUGUCAUUUUGUCAUUGCAUUUCAGAUAGCUCAUGGCCUUUUUAUUGUCAUUUUAGCACACCAUAAUAAUCCACAAAGUGGGGGGUUGAGGUUUGGAUUUUUUUCUUUAUUUUUACUAGAAGUUUUUUUAUUCAUUUAUCGUUGUGACUGUAGUGAUGACUUCAUAGAUGCAGAAAGAGUGAAUGGAUGAGUGAAUG